AUGCCUUGGCCGAAGCUCACUCCUCUCCAAUCUCGCUUUGCCGCCUCCCUCGCUGCCACCAUCCUCCUUAUAAUACUCUACUUUGCUCUCUCCAACCCACACCUCGCCUACGCAACAGACGUCGAUGCUCUGAUAAUAGAAAGGCAUGGCCCUCCGGAUUUGACAUUUACAGAUACCCAAGAGCAGAUUUCCGUACAGUGGGAUCAUGUUUCUAUACAAGGAGAGAAUAGACUGGACACUGAGGAUGGCGCAGAUAUUGAGCGGAGGGCGGCUCCAGGAACAGAGGCCCUGGCAAACAAUGUUGCUAAGUUGAAGAAUAUAAAGAUUGGGGAAGUACAGUAUUGGGUAUUCCCCAAGGAGGCGGUGCAUGGCCCCAAGUCCCCACCUACACCGGGCUUGCCGUCAGAUAUAAGCGUCAUUCUGGAUGGAGGCACGACAGAUCCGGGUAGCAACUCUGGAGGCUCCAAGGACUCGGAAGAUUCGGAUAAUGUAUUCAAAUUGGACGUCCGGGGCACAAAAUUAUCUCGUCGUUCUGUUUCCGUACAUAUCACUGCAAAUACUUGUCUUCAGCCAGAGCUCAACGUUACCCGUGCCGCCAAAGACGCUGGACCGCCUCAACUGGAAAUGUAUGUGUCUACGAGCAAAACGUUCGAUAGGCCUGGUCCACAGUACAAGGACAACUCUGCUGUUACCCAUAAACCCUUUGAUGGAGGCUACGUUGCUGUAAAUCCCGAUGCAGAUGAAGAUGUAUACAUCGCCGUUGCCGCUCCAAAUAGCACCCGGUACUCUGGAAUAUAUAAUUACGAAAUCGCAGCCUCGAUCGACGCCCCGUUCCAUGGUCUCGAUAAUAGCAGUUCUUUCCUCUAUUUUGUGGACGGUGAUAACAAUGCAGCUCUUUUACAAACAAAUGAUACCACACGUGAACCACCAGAGUCGGAAAUAUAUAAAAAGUGGCUGGCCCUCGAUCCACCUCCUUUUACGUUAUUUGCUCAUAAUAUGAACGAUUCAGCUAUUUUGGGUCUUCAGCACUCGUACUGCGGUCUGCAGAAUAAUGCACAGAUAAGCAAGAAACAGAAAAGCCUAGAUGUUGGCAUGACUGCUCGUGGUAUAGACCAUAAGCCCAAGCAACAGAUUUAUGCUAAGGGCCUCAAUAGCAGCUCUGUUUACUAUGGAUUCUUAGCCAUGGAAGGAAAUUCAACUGCUUAUGGAAACAAGGUUGUAGGGGGCGGAGGAAAAGUGUGGAAAGCAAUGAAUUUCACAACAAAAAGAGUCCCAUCCAGUCCGGAACUCAAGGUUUCUCAGCUUAGCGAGAUAUAUGACACACAAGCGGAGCAAUUAUACCAAAAUUUCAGCUAUUCUCUUAAGCAGGUAUCCUGCAAUGCUCCCGCAACAGAGCAGUAUUCCCUUGCAACGAACUGCUCUCAGUGCGCAGGUGCCUAUAAGCAAUGGCUUUGCGCAGUCACUAUACCCAGAUGUCAAGACUUUUCCAGUGACCUUCCAUUCCUCCGUCCGAGAAAUACUGGCCAACAAUUUCUCAAUGGCACCAUGCUACCAGAUGACUACUCAGGCCGCUUGAACGUUUUAACCAAUUCUUCUCGAAACCCACUUAUCGACAUCAAAAUUAAACCAGGGCCGUAUAAGGAAGUCCUUCCUUGCCAGGACCUAUGUCAUUCAUUAGUUCGAAGCUGCCCUGCGUCAUUUGGAUUCGGAUGUCCCACAGGCCAGUGGCUAAACUAUUCUUAUGGGCAGCGAAGUGCCAACGGAGAUAUUACCUGCAGCUACCUCGGGGCCGCGUAUUUUUUGAAUUCGGGAUGGAAGUCCGUGGAUGGAAUGAAGUUUAUUUUUUCCUUUACACUUGUGUUUUGGGGACUCGUCUGGGGAUUUUCACAUUGGAACUGA